GCGCAGUACGCAGGGCCGGCUCUCAGCGCCAGAAGGAAGCGUUCGCCGUGAUCCCAGCGGCUGCGCCGGGGUAUGCGGUACCGGCUAACGUGGCUGCUGCACCCCGCGCUACCCAACACCUUCCGCUCCGUCCUUGGCUCCCGCCUGCCCUCCUCGGAGCGUCGCUGUGGUUUCCAAAAAAAGACUUACAGCAAAAUGAAUAAUCCUGCUAUCAAGAGAAUAGGAAAUCACAUUAUCAAAUCUCCUGAAGACAAGCGAGAAUACCGUGGACUAGAGCUGGCCAAUGGUAUCAAAGUACUUCUCAUCAGUGAUCCCACCACGGAUAAGUCAUCAGCAGCACUUGAUGUACACAUAGGUUCAUUGUCAGAUCCUCCAAAUAUUGCUGGCUUAAGUCAUUUUUGUGAACAUAUGCUUUUUUUGGGAACAAAGAAAUACCCUAAAGAAAAUGAAUACAGCCAGUUUCUCAGUGAGCAUGCAGGAAGUUCAAAUGCCUUUACCAGUGGAGAGCAUACCAAUUACUAUUUUGACGUUUCUCAUGAACAUCUAGAAGGUGCCCUAGACAGGUUUGCACAGUUUUUCCUGUGCCCCUUGUUUGAUGAGAGUUGUAAAGACAGAGAAGUGAAUGCAGUUGAUUCAGAGCAUGAGAAGAAUGUGAUGAAUGAUGCCUGGAGACUCUUCCAGUUGGAAAAAGCUACAGGGAAUCCCAAACACCCCUUCAGCAAAUUCGGGACAGGUAACAAAUAUACUCUAGAGACUCGACCCAACCAAGAAGGCAUCGAUGUAAGACAAGAGCUACUGAAGUUCCAUUCUACUUAUUAUUCCUCCAACUUAAUGGCUAUUUGUGUUUUGGGCCGAGAAUCUUUAGAUGACUUAACUAAUCUUGUGGUAAAGUUAUUUUCUGAAGUAGAGAAUAAAAAUGUCCCAUUGCCAGAAUUUCCUGAGCACCCUUUCCAAGAAGAACAUCUUAAACAACUUUAUAAAAUAGUGCCCAUUAAGGAUAUUAGGAAUCUUUAUGUAACAUUUCCCAUACCUGACCUUCAGAAAUACUAUAAAUCAAAUCCUGGUCAUUAUCUUGGUCAUCUGAUUGGGCAUGAAGGUCCUGGAAGUCUGUUAUCAGAACUUAAAUCAAAGGGCUGGGUAAAUACCCUGGUUGGUGGACAGAAGGAAGGAGCUCGAGGUUUUAUGUUUUUUAUCAUUAAUGUGGACUUAACUGAGGAAGGAUUAUUACAUGUUGAAGAUAUAAUUUUGCACAUGUUUCAAUACAUUCAGAAGUUACGUGCAGAAGGACCUCAAGAAUGGGUUUUCCAAGAGUGCAAGGACUUGAAUGCUGUUGCUUUUAGGUUUAAAGAUAAAGAGAGGCCACGAGGCUAUACAUCUAAAAUUGCAGGAAUAUUACAUUAUUAUCCCCUAGAAGAAGUACUCACAGCUGAAUAUUUACUGGAAGAAUUUAGACCUGACUUAAUAGAGAUGGUUCUUGAUAAGCUCAGACCAGAAAAUGUCCGGGUUGCAAUAGUUUCCAAAUCUUUUGAAGGAAAAACUGAUCGCACAGAAGAAUGGUAUGGGACCCAAUACAAACAGGAAGCUAUACCAGAUGAAGUCAUUAAGAAAUGGCAAAACGCUGACCUAAAUGGGAAAUUUAAACUUCCAACAAAGAAUGAAUUUAUUCCUACAAAUUUUGAGAUUGUAUCAUUAGAAAAAGAAGCAACAGCAUACCCUGCUCUUAUUAAGGAUACAGCUAUGAGCAAACUAUGGUUCAAACAAGAUGAUAAGUUUUUCUUGCCAAAGGCUUGUCUCAACUUUGAAUUUUUCAGCCCAUUUGCUUAUGUGGACCCUUUGCACUGUAACAUGGCCUAUUUGUACCUUGAGCUCCUCAAAGACUCACUCAACGAGUAUGCAUAUGCAGCAGAGCUAGCAGGCUUGAGAUAUGACCUCCAAAAUACCAUCUAUGGGAUGUAUCUUUCAGUGAAAGGUUAUAAUGACAAGCAGCCAAUUUUGCUAAAGAAGAUCACUGAGAAAAUGGCUACCUUUGAGAUUGAUAAAAAAAGAUUUGAAAUUAUCAAAGAGGCGUAUAUGCGGUCUCUCAACAAUUUCCGAGCUGAACAGCCUCACCAGCAUGCCAUGUACUACCUCCGCUUGCUGAUGACUGAAGUGGCCUGGACUAAAGAUGAGUUAAAAGAAGCCCUGGAUGAUGUCACUCUUCCUCGCCUUAAGGCCUUCAUACCUCAGCUUCUGUCACGGCUGCACAUUGAGGCCCUUCUCCAUGGAAACAUAACAAAACAGGCUGCAUUAGGAAUCAUGCAAAUGGUCGAAGACACCCUUAUUGAAUAUGCUCACACCAAACCUCUUCUUCCAAGUCAGCUGGUUCGAUAUAGAGAAGUUCAGCUCCCUGACAGAGGAUGGUUUGUUUAUCAGCAGAGGAAUGAAGUUCAUAAUAACUGUGGCAUCGAGAUAUACUACCAAACAGACAUGCAGAGCACCUCGGAGAACAUGUUUCUAGAACUUUUCUGUCARAUUAUCUCUGAGCCUUGCUUCAAUACCCUGCGUACAAAGGAGCAGCUGGGUUACAUUGUCUUCAGUGGGCCACGUCGAGCUAAUGGUAUACAGGGCUUGCGCUUCAUCAUCCAGUCAGAAAAGCCACCACACUACCUAGAAAGCAGAGUGGAAGCUUUCUUAAUUACUAUGGAAAAGUCCAUAGAGGACAUGACAGAAGAAGCCUUCCAAAAACAUAUUCAAGCAUUAGCAAUUCGUCGACUUGACAAACCAAAGAAAUUAUCUGCAGAGUGUGCUAAAUAUUGGGGAGAAAUCAUCUCCCAGCAAUACAAUUUUGACAGAGAUAAUAUAGAAGUUGCAUAUUUAAAGACCCUUACCAAGGAAGACAUCAUCAAAUUCUACAAAGAAAUGUUAGCAGUAGAUGCCCCAAGGAGACAUAAGGUAUCCGUUCACGUUCUUGCCAGGGAAAUGGAUUCUUGUCCUGUUGUUGGAGAGUUCCCCUGUCAAAAUGAUAUAAAUUUGUCACAAGCACCAGCCUUGCCACAACCUGAAGUGAUUCAGAACAUGACUGAGUUCAAGCGUGGUUUGCCACUAUUUCCCCUUGUGAAACCACAUAUUAACUUCAUGGCUGCAAAACUCUGAAGAUUCCCAUUCACUGCUGGGAAAGUAAAAGAGGAUGUAUUCCUGAGUCUUCCAGAGCCUAGGAAAACAGUCUUGGCCACUUUAAUAGUUUCUGGUUCAUUAUCAGAGACACAGACAAAAAGAAGUUAUCAUAUGUCAUUAUGUAGAAAUAUUAAAAAUCCAAAGUAAUUAAAUUACAGUCUUAGAGAUGUAGAAUAUUUUUAAAAUACAUGCCUCAAAUAUUUUACAUUUUUCUUUUCAUUACUAAGAGAAAUUUCCCUUAUAUAACUGCUUAAAAUGAUGAAUGAUAUUCCUAUAGAAUCUUUCUUCCCUAUUCUGUAAAAUAGUCACUUGUCUGAAGAAAAUAAAAGUUAGCUUUUUUGUAAAAGCCUCCUAGGUUGGCAUAGAAGGCUUUAAAACAUUUAAAAAGGUAUUACCUUUUUAAAAAUUGAUCUUCAAAUUUGCUUUCUACUUGAUGGUUUCAUGUAAAUCAAUGGAGAACAUGACAUUUGGCAGAUAAUGCACAAAGCAAAGUCAUUUUCUUUUAUUAGUGAAAUUGCUGGUUAUAUAAGGCAUGGUUUUAAUCUUUUUAUAAAAUUUGAACAUGUUUUUUAUUCCAACUAGCAAAAUGCUGGAAAAAUCUAGAAUACCCUACUUAUUUACAGUGCUAGAAAUACAGAUUUACCCUACAUCAAUUUUGUCCCAAACUGAAUUUCUCAGGAUUACUGUGGUUUGUUUUUGAUUGAAUUAUAUUGCCAUUCUUGUUCAUAGUUGGUUUGCAGUGUUCUGUCAGUUUUACCAUUUCUCAUCAACAUGUUGCUGUAUUUACUUAACAAGUACAAAUGGAGUCAACUUCAGAUUCUACUGAGUGUGUGACAUGCUUUUCCAACAUCAGCUAUUGUUACCACCCUUAACUUUUUACUACAGUGAAAUUGCAGUCAGUGUGUGAACCACAAUAUUUUGCCCCUUUAUGAAUUUAAAAGGCAGCAAAUACAAAGCCACCUAUUUGGACAUAUGCAUUCUUAAGUAGUGAGUUCCAUAAGAUUAAAUCCCUCGUUGAUACCAGUCUGAUCUUGCCUUAAGUGUUAUUUUUUUUAAUAUAUAAAUAUAAACAUACAUACAGAUGACUGGAGUGGACUUUUAAAAAUAUUUUUUUCAUGAGAUACUAUUUUAGGUGAAAUUGUUAUUAUAGAUUUAACAGCUGUUUUGAAAUAUUUACUAUUAUUAAAACUUGCUUCAAGAGAAAUUGUGAAUAUAUUUCCACAUACAGGCACUAGUAAUAGUAAGUGGUCCUGUUGUCCACUAACUCAGGCAAMGAAUGGCAUUUUCAAAUGAAAUGUAACCUCCCCUUAUGACUUGAUUUGCCAGGACUUCUUUCUGUGGAGUCAUGUCUUUUCACAUCUUAGGUUUUUCCAUUUUCCAAAUUAUCUCAAUUUGGGGCAAGAAUGAUAACUAGUCACAACCUAGGAGACUGCUUUCAAAAGCAGGGCUCCCUUUCUAUUGUCAGGUCAAUGUGGUGCUGUAACUGUCUYUUUAUCUAACUUCAAGAGCCUCCUUGUGUGAAGCUGUCUUGGUCCAUCAGAAGGUGUAUGAAGUUAUCACUUCCUUCUGGUCUCAUGCAUUURUAGACUAUGCAGCUUUUCAUCAAACUACAAAUAUAUACAAGAUGAAUCUAAAAUUUGUCCUGAGUGUUUAAAUCCAUCACUGUAAAAGUAAAUGAAAAUCCACCUACCUUUUCUGUGGAAAAUUAUGUGCUAUUGAGUAACUUUUAGCUCUUUAAAAACAAAAAUGAAUAAAAUUUACAAGUGUCAUUUGUAUGAGGAAAGGCACCUGAAGAGAUCUGAAAGCAAUUCCUUGUAGUCUUCCAUGAACCUGCACUUGUUUAGUGUGCUCUAGCACUUUCUGGUUUCCAAAUGGGAUCUAGAGCUACUGUUGGGUCACUCAGGCAUACUAAUGGAUUCAUUUAAAUGGAUCCCAGCUGCAGUCCAUGAGCAAUAACAGACUACCCCAAAUACUUCUWUUUACUCYGUGUUUAGCAGAUGAGAUUUGUGAAACACAUUAAGUUAUUAGUUACUGGGGACUUUUUAAGUCUUGUUUUUGACUAGUUGAUGUGAAAGAGCAUGUGACACAGCCAGUAUGAUAGAGUCCUAGGGUUUUCCUGUUUACAAUAAAUUGGCUGAAUU